AUGGAAAUGGUUCUAAUGGUAAUGGACAUGAAGUUAUAUUGUAUAGUUUUGGAAUUAGUAUUACUUAUUCUAAACCCAAACUGGAGUAGCAAAUUUUGUUCCAUAAAACCACCGGUGGUCGACAUAUCAAUUGAUGUGUAUGAUGUUGUUGUCCAAGGUGGAGCGGUUGGAGAUGGAGUCACCGACGAUUCUAAGGCAUUCCAAAAUGUGUGGACGAAAGUUUGUCGAGCAAAUUCAGAAUUUCCAGAUUUUGUUAUACCCUCUGGAAAGAGUUUCCUAUUGAGCCCUAUAACAUUCAAAGGUCCCUGCAGGUCUCCAAAGCUUGUUAUACAGGUUUUGGGUAAUAUUGUUGCACCAAACCAAAUUUCAGCAUGGGGUAAUGAUUCAAAACAUAGCUGGGUUGAUUUUUCUCAUAUAGAUGGGCUGACAAUCCAUGGACCUGGUCUGAUUGAUGGGCAAGGACUCACUUGGUGGAACCAAUCUCAUGUAGAAGAGCGUCCAACUGCCUUAAAACUGGAUUCAUGCAACAGAGUGAAAUUAAGCGGACUGAAACAUAUAAAUAGUCCAAGAAAUCAUAUCUCAAUACAUAAUUGUACCAACGUAAUCGUCUCCAACAUCAAUAUAACUGCUCCUGGAACCAGCCAUAAUACGGAUGGAAUUGAUAUUAGUUGGUCGACACACAUUCAAAUCCAAGAUUCUUUCAUCGGAACCGGUGAUGAUUGCAUAGCAAUUAAUGGUGGAACUUCCUUUGUAGAUAUCAUUAAUCUGGCAUGUGGACCAGGCCAUGGCAUAAGUGUGGGAAGCUUGGGAGCCAAAGGAGCAACUGAAAUUGUGGAAAAUAUACACGUCGAAAACUGUACAUUCACAGGGACUCAAAAUGGAGUGAGAAUCAAGACAUGGCAGGGGGGCUCAGGCCAUGCAAGGCGUAUCAUGUUCGAUCAAAUUAAAUUUGUAGAAGUGGAGAAUCCAAUUGUUAUCGAUCAAUACUAUUGUAAUGCUAAACACAAUUGCAAGAAUCACACAUCUGCUGUUGAAGUUAGUGAUGUUUACUACAAUAGGAUUUAUGGAACUUCGAAACAUCACAAAAAUGUUAUCAACCUGAGAUGCAGCCAGGAUGUCCCUUGCACUAACAUAAUCAUGAACCAAAUCAACAUCCAAUCAAUGGAUCCACAUAAAAACAGCACUUCGUUCAGCUACAAUGCUUACGGAAUAUCUAAUGAUACAACACCGGCUGUAACACUCAUAUCUUAA